CGGAAGUUAAAAUACUGAAAAGGGGAAUUCCAUGUGGAUUGUUGCGGUGACAAAAUGAAGAAAAUAUGCUUGUCAGACGUAGAUGCUGAUUUCUUCGCAGAUGAAUUGGAUCCAAGAGAGUUUGAUUUUUUUCAGAAACACAAGGAAACCUUUAAAUGCAUGUGGGUUGAACAGGGUAAAUCAUUUUGGAACUGUUUUUUCAUAACGUUUAGAAGUUAUACAUCAAAGCAUGGUAUAAUAAGGGACAUGCCUUAUGAGUCAGAUAGACUCAAAGAUAUCUUGGACUUUGCAUUUAUAGUUGUUCAUGAACAUUGUGUUGACGGUAGUGCUGCUACAGCUAAGAAUUUUAUCAUAGAUAUAGCCAGAUUGGCACAAAAUAAAGAUAAGCUACCGAAUCUAGAUUCCAAAAAGUUUUCUCGUGAUCCAUUUUAUAAACAUGAGACUAGAGAUAUUUUCCGAAAGUUUUUUGGUCCACCAUCUGAGAAGUUGUCAUAUGUAAAGGUCUAUGUUUUGUUUCCAGUUUAUUUACGAUUAUGUGGAUCAGUUUGUCGAUGUUUAAUGAAGUGGAUGGAUGCUCCGAAACAAGAUUCGGACGAUGACUCGUACUGGAUACCCCCGGAACCUAUAGAACCGACGCUAAUCGAUAAGAAGUCCGACGAGGAAAGUACUCUUUAUUUAAAUCGUGUUUUAAUGUGUGAGUCUUGUAUUGAGAAAUGUGGAAUUUUGUUUUUGAAAGAAACACAGUUUGGUUCUCCGGAAGGACCGAUGCAUCUUCCAUUGUGGAAGUUCGGAAAUCCACGUCUAGAGGAUUCGGAAAAUCCUAUUUAUGAGGCCUCAUUUUCAAAAUCAGAUUGGCGAGAUGGCUUGGUUAUUGAUGAAUUUCGUGAUUUUAUUUAUUAUCUGAAAAUCCGUUAUGGACUGCCAGACGAUAAAUGUAAAAGUUGUGAGAAGAUCCGAAAUGCCAAGGAAAGAAUGAUUGCGUUUGGUGACGAUAAAGCGUCCAAGAAAAAAAAGAAACGAUCAAGAAAAAAUAAAGAGAUUGAAGCGGGCAAAGAAAUUGAGAAUUUUAUGGAUAGCAUUAGUGGAAGUGGACCAAAGGUAGACCAGUUGAAAUAUCUCCAUGGUUUCGAUGCUUCUAAUCCGGCGGUUAAUUCCUCACUGCUGGCCGACAAGCUUACAGAUAGUCGCGUGAAAUGUUUCUCACGGAAAGUGCGUAUUGUUCAGAGUGCCCGUAAUGGUAUUACGUCUGGUGGAUGUAAAGUUGUUAAGAUAUUGGAUGAAAGUACGCGAUGUCGGGAGACUACUAUAUACAUGCAGUGUCAACACUUACACACGGAAUUGUUGAGCAAGAAGAAAAUUUCUGAACUUAAAUCUGAAAGAACAAAUAUCUACUCUCCCAACUUGGUACCAAAUCUGCCUAAAAAGUUUGAGUGGGCGGAAGGCAAGGGUUGGUGCGUAGCCGUCUUAAACUAUUUUGAAGAGGAAAAGAAGAUCCAUAGAAACUACACAAACUUUACACUUAAGGUGGCUGGAAAUAACAAGACAAAUGUUGUUUCUAUUAUGGACUGUUUGUUGAAGUAUGUAGUUGCACGUAAGAGUCGUUCAUGUCCUGGCUGGGUAUUAGAUGAAGAGGAUGUUUUAACUAGUAUCAUUGAUAAUAAAAAUUGUAAGGGAAUGACUAUUAUUAUAACACAAGGAAUAAACUACAGGGAGUUUUUAACAGAUUGGGAAAAACGUACAGAAAACAAGGUUGAAUUAACAAAAGUAUCCGAUGAAGAGGUUCAAGAAGUAAUGAAUACAGUUGAAAGAAAAUUUAAGAGGAAACCCAAACUUAUUUUAGAAGAACCUACAGUGUGUCAAGAAGUAGCUGAUGGUUGGAGACUUUAUUUUGAUAUUAUUAAAAGAAUCCGAGAUUUUUGUGAAUUUAAUGAGCAGAAGAGGGGAAGUACAAAACGUCUGAUUGAGAUUGAUAUUAUCAAUGGAAAGAUCGACUUUGUUCAUUACGAUAAGAAAAAAUUCCCGGACUGGUAUUAUCCUGAACUAGAAGAACUCGAUUUUAUGUACAUGAAGGCGUGGCUUAAACUAGAAAAACUGGGUGUUCAAACAAAAGGUAGUUCUAUCGACCUCUACACAGUUAUUCAGCAGAAACAGAAAUCAGCAGUUUAUGAGGCAGAACAAGAAAAGAAAAAAGUGUGUCUCGAAGCCGCUAAAAAAUUUGAAGCUGAACGUAAAAGCAAACAAGGCAAGAAUGGUAAAGUGCCGCAAACAACUUUCACCCAUAACCAUGGCAAUAUUAGCAUACAAGUCUCGAAAACUUGUUUUUCACGAGUUGACGGGGAGGAUCACCACCACCACCACCACAGUAAAUGUUGCAAUGCACACCAUAGACCUGAAUGUGCUUCAGCCUCGAAGAAAUCGGGUUCAUCUGACUCAAAGACUUCCAUUUCGCCAGAGGAUGAAUUGGAGGCGACUCUGACUAGAUAUCUCCGCAGACAACCUCGCGAACAUUCCAAUGAAAAACCAGCAAAUAAACCGAAAGUAGAAAUAGUGGUGAUGAACGGAAAAAAAGAUGAAAGUGUUUCUUUCGAGCCGGAAAUAUCCAAAAAUGAUGUCAUGAUAAAGAUAGACCGCAAACAACUCAAACCUGAUGUCAAGGAGGAGAAAGGCGAGGAAGAAGAAAAGAGCCAAAAAUUCGAAAAUUCGAAAAAUAGUAAAACUGAAAACAAUAAAGAAAAUAUGGACCAAGAGAAGAAUAUUAAAAAAAAUGAAGAUGAUGAUGAUGAUGAAUCAGAAGUUGAUUCAAGUGAUGAUGACAAUGAUGAAGUAAAGAAAAAAACAUUGAGAAUUUGUUCAUACUGUAAUGUUACAGAACCAGUUUUUAGAACCUAUAAGAAAUGUCAAAGAUGCCAACAAGAACAUAUAGCCAAAUGUCGUUAUUACUGUAGUCGAGAUUGUCAAGUUGAGGACUGGAAGAAAAAACAUCGAAUGGAACAUCAAGAAAAUCUUCUUAAGGUGUUAAUACAUCUAUAAACUUAUUAUUUUAUUUGUGUACCCUACUUUCAAUUUGUGUACACAUGUACUUUCAUUUUUUGUGUACAUAUACUUUUAAUUUUUGUGUACAUAUACUUUCAAUUUCUGUUGUUAAAUAUUAUUGAGGGAUAAUAUGUAUGUGAGAAUCAUAUUUGAUAUGAAUUUUUGAUAAUUGAGUGGGUUAUAUUUUUAUUAAUAUUCAUUAAUAUUACAAGAGGUGCUUACAGUCUUAGAUUCCUUAUUGUAUAUAAUUUGGGAAGCCAUGGUGGCUCAGUGAAUAGACAUUGGCUCGCUAACCUGGAGGUGCUGUGCUCAAUCCUGAUUUUCUGGUGUGGUUCCCCCUUGUCAGUGUUGCAGAACAAGGGUCGACAUAUUGUUGUUAACAUUGGACGAAACAUUGGCGUGCAUGUAACAGAAACCUUGACAGUUGGAAAUCAACAGGCUGUAGUACCACUGUCUGGCAAAAUUCCCCUCAUAGCACACAGCAUGGUGUAUGCCUGUCUUCAUUAGCCCUGUGACAGCAGAGCAGUAGGACAUUAAACCAUAUUUCAUUUCAUUUUGUAUAGCUUGUCAUGUAAAGUGCUUUAAAAGAAACAUAACUAUUGCUGAGUUUAAUUAUAGAUGGUGCUCCAGGAUACUUUAAAUAAAAGUGUUUUCAGGUAUGUAAACGAAGGGUCAACUUGUGACAUUAUAACCAUGUCACAAAGUGCUAGACGUGUUAACAGGAUGUUAUACAACUCGUUUGUUUAAUGGUGUAGUUCUGUUGUAGUAGAUGACUAGAUAAUCACAACAAUCAGUUACUACCAUCCAGGCACUUAUAUUGCAUGGGAUUUGAUGACAAGGAAACCUAAGUUUGGAUUUCUUCUGAACAGUAUCCCAGUUAUCUGCUGUGGAUUAACCAGUUCUAUGGACUGGGAAGAUAAAAUGUCAAGUUCUUCGGAUGGGACGGAAAACUAAAGUCCCGUGUAUAACAUCAUUAACACUUUAAAAAUCCCCCGACAGUUUGGGCAAAAUUUCGUACUUAGCACAUUUCAUGGUGUAUGACUGUUUUAAUCAGUUGAUGCAAAAACACUUAACCUCAUUUCAUCAGCAUUUUCAUUUCUAUUUUUUAUAGGAUACAUUCAGAAUAUCAAGAAGUGCGAAAAUAUUUUGAAAUAUAAAUUAUUAAAUUUGGACAUUUUAUUAGUUUUAAAUUGUUAUUAUUAUGUAUAUUUGUUUUUUCUCCAUACACUGGUGUAUAGAUGCUUUGCUUAGAAUAAAUAUUGUAAUAAACAU